GUUUUGACUCAGUGCAGAAAUGUUACAUAUUUCAGCUGCAGCUUUAUUGCUCUUUGGAGCGGGUUUUCUCCAAGUUAUAUUUUCGACAGAAAGUAUACAGGCUCAUCCAGGACAAAGUGUCACGAUGUGGUGUCAACACAAUAUUCAUGUUUCUGGAGAUCUGUACUGGUUUAAACAAACAGAUGGUGAUGUACCCAUUACAACUGUGCACAUGCUAUACACCGAAAGUCUAUGGAAGUUUGAGCCAAAUUAUUUCAACAGUUUCACAAAAGAUCACAUGGUCAUGGAUCAGUUCAGCAAAAGCACCACCCUAACAAUUAAGCAAGUCAAAAUGUCUGAUUCUGGUUUCUACUUUUGUGGAGCUACAGAAUAUCACAUGAAAUUUGGCAAUGGAACCAGACUUGAAGUGAAAGCACGUGUUGAAAAACACCACAAUUUAAAUACCAUUGUAAAUGCCACAACAGUAAAUGACUUAUCCAGGCCAACUGUUUUCAUAUCAGAGAAAAAUUACACAGGAACCUCAAAAAAGGAUCAUGAGCUAUCAUCCGUGUCUACUGAAGACUGUUCCAGAGGCAUCUAUUUCAAACUGACCCUCCUAUUUGGUGGAAUAAUUUUUUUUACAUGUGUUGUUCCUCUUAUUUUGGCGAUUAUCAGGGAACACAGAAGACAGAAGCUUAAAAAAGUUGCUGAAUGUCAAGCACAACAGCAGGAUGGCAAGGAAAAUGAUUCAGUAGUAUAUACUGCUGUGUAUUUCUCAAAUAAGAGACCCAAAACAGCAGGACGACAUACUGAGGAUACAACUGUGUACACUGACACUACUUGAAACAUGAAACUUACUCAAACAU